AUGACGACGGAUUUCGGCGGUGGCACAAAAAAAGUGAGAACCGAGCAGGAGGAGGACCUGGCGUCGGAGUUUCCUACGAAGCUCACGAUAGACGCUCACUCCGCACCCUGCACGACGGCAAAAAUCAGCCCAAACGGCAAACAGAUUGCAACAUGUUCUGCAGACGCGUCUAUAAAGCUGUGGGACGCUGCUACUGGAGACCUGAUACAGACGCUGAGAGGUCAUCGAGCGGGAAUCAAUGACAUCAGCUGGUCGCCUGACUCGAAGAUGCUCGCCACAGCUUCCGACGAUCGAACGAUCCGAAUUUGGUCCACACACCGACCUUCCAGUCAGCGUAUCCUAGUGGGACACACCCACUAUGUGACAUGCGUCAAGUUCAAUUAUAAGGGCAACCUAGUGGUGUCCGGAUCAGCCGAUGAGAAUGUCCGAGUGUGGGACGUGCUUCAGGGUCGGUGCAUCAUGACCCUGGCGGCCCACUCACAACCCAUCUCGGCGGUCGACUUCUCAUGCGAAGGAACCAUGAUUGUCAGUGGAUCACAUGACGGUCUUAUCCGAAUGUGGGACACUGCCACUGGCCAAUGUUUGAAAACAAUUGUCGGUGAAGAAUCUUCACCCAUCAUGUUUGCCCGCUUCACUCCAAACUCCAAGUUCAUCCUUGUCUCUAAUAUGGACUCCACUGCAAGGUUGUGGGACUACAUGAACAAUAAGGUGGUCAAGACAUACAAGGGCCACGAGAAUGGCAAGUACUGCUGUCCCACUGGCUUUGUGUAUCGUCAGGAUCGAGCCGUCCUUUUGCAUGCCUCUGAGGACGGUCGCGUCUACGUGUACGAUAUACAGGAUCGAACUGUGCGGGGCUCGUUUGACGCUCAUCCGGGAGUUAUUAUUUCACUGGAUGUUAUUGAUAACAAAAUCGUUACCUGUUCAUUAGAUGGCUCAGUGAAGCUGUUUGAGCUGGUGGAAGAGAACAGCCCAAGUGACGACAUGGAUACUGAUACCGAGGAGAAUGGCUGCCGAACCAAUAGCAGUGAGGAGCGGGACAACAGCAGAGAAAAGGAGGACGGCAAUGGAGAUGGUCAUGGAGAUGUUAGCAUGAACAACGACUAG